GGUCCUUCUCGCUGUUUCGCGCGGUGGCGCAACUCUCCCGCACCAGAAGGGUGCGCAAGCAGCCAGUGGUAGGCUCUGGGCCGCGGCGGCCGCCCGACUGCUCCGAGGCGGCCGGACCGGCUCUCGCGUUCCCCAGCAACGCGCAGCCGCCGCAGGAGCGGCGGCCAUGGAGGCGCGAGCGGGUGCGGGCCCCCGGCGCGCUGGCGGUGGUCUCAGCACGGCGGGACCCAAGUACUCAGGCCGCGCGGCGCAGGGUUCGGCAGCGCCCUGGGCGCGCUUCUCCGCCUGGCUGGAGUGCGUGUGCGUGGUCACCUUCGACCUGGAGCUGGGCCAGGCGCUGGAGCUGGUGUACCCAAGUGACUUCCGGCUCACAGACAAGGAGAAAAGCAGCAUCUGCUACCUGUCAUUUCCUGACUCCCACUCAGGCUGCCUAGGGGACACUCAGUUCAGUUUCCGCAUGCGUCAGUGUGGAGGGCACAGGAGCCCCUGGCACGCUGAUGACCAGCCCUACAACAGCAAGGCGCCCGUGGCACUGCAGAAGGAGCCAGCACACUACCUUGGCUACGUGUACUUCCGGCAAGUAAAGGACAGCUCUGUGAAGAGGGGCUACUUCCAGAAGUCCCUGGUGCUGCUGUCCCGCCUACCCUUUGUCCGGUUGUUCCAGUCCCUGCUGAGCCUAAUGGCCCCAGAGUACUUUGACAAGCUGGCACCGUGUCUGGAAGCCGUUUGUAAUGAGAUUGACCAGUGGCCAGCCCCUGUGCCUGGGCAGACCCUGAAUCUACCUGUCAUGGGUGUCGUCAUCCAGGUGUGCAUCCCAUCCAGGGCAGAUAGGCUGGAAUCCAGUCCUCUGAAGCAGUGUGAACAAGAGAACCUGCUACCAGCCCCUGUGGUCCUUGCAAGUGUCCAUGAACUGGAUCUGUUCAGGUGUUUCCGGCCCGUGCUGACCCAUGUUCAGACACUGUGGGAGCUCGUGCUUCUUGGGGAGCCCCUGGUGGUCCUGGCACCCUCACCUGAUGUGUCCUCAGAGAUGGUGCUGGCCCUGACCAGCUGCCUGCAGCCCCUCAAGUUCUGCUGUGACUUCCGCCCCUACUUUACCAUCCAUGACAGUGAAUUUAAGGAGCUUACCACACGCACCCAGGCCCCACCCAACGUGGUCCUGGGAGUCACAAACCCUUUCUUUAUCAAAACACUCCAGCACUGGCCCCAUAUCCUCCGAAUUGGGGAACCUAAGAUGUCAGGGGACCUUCCUAAGCAGAUCAAGUUGAAAAAGCCCUCAAGGCUGAAGACCCUUGACACCAAGCCAGGCCUCUACACCUCCUACACAGCCCACCUCCACCGGGACAAGGCGCUCCUCAAAAGACUGCUCAAGGGUGUACAGAAGCAGCGGCCAUGGGAUGUGCAGAGUGCUCUGCUGAGGCGGCACCUCCUGGAGCUCACACAGAGCUUCAUCAUCCCCCUGGAGCACUACAUGGCCAGCCUCAUGCCACUGCAGAAGAGCAUCACGCCCUGGAAGACCCCUCCCCAGAUCCGCCCCUUCCGCCAGGAUGACUUCCUGCACAGCCUGGAGCAUGCAGGCCCCCAGCUCACCUGCAUCCUCAAGGGUGACUGGCUGGGUCUCUAUAGGCGGUUUUUCAAGUCACCCCACUUUGAUGGCUGGUACAGGCAGCGGCACAAAGAGAUGGCCCAGAAGCUGGAGGCCCUGCACCUAGAGGCAAUCUGUGAGGCGAACAUUGAGACCUGGAUGAAGGACAAGUCAGAGGUGGAGGUGGUGGACCUGGUCCUGAAACUCCGGGAGAAGCUGGUGCGAGCACAAGGCCACCAGCUGCCUGUGAAGGAGGUGACACUACAGCGGGCACAGCUGUACAUUGAGAUGGUCAUCAGCUCCCUACCCAAGGACCUGCAAGCUGUGUUGUGCCCUCCCUAGGAUGGGCCAAGGUGUACCGUCCUCAGGCCUGAUCUGCCAAGCCUUCCAGUGUGGGGCCUUCAGCCCAGUGCCUGCUCCCAGCUUGGCCUCCUGCCUGGGCUGUGGUCCCCCCCUUGUGUUGCCUUUGUUCCAGCAGUAAAUGCGACAUUUGGAACCACAGCCUGGUCCCUGACCAUAGGGGAUUAUGUGCUAGCCUAGCUUUCUGCUCCAGCCCCACCUGCCCUCCACCCUCCACGGCUGCAGAGGGCAAGUAGGGGGAUAGAGGGGUGAGAGCCCUGGUUGAUUUGGGCACAUCCUCUGCCCACCCUCCUAUUGCCCAUCUGCCCACACCCUAGGUAGCUUUGAUGUAUCCUUCAACCCAGCAGGCCACCAGGAUGGAGGGAGGCAGUUGGCAGGGCCCCUUGCCACCUGCCUGUCUUGCCCUGUGGAGACAGGAGGGGCACCUUGCCCAUGUCAGCCAUUGUAGAAGGAGAGGCCUCUCUGCUGUAUACCCUUUGCCUGCCUGGGGCUAUUCAGGGGAGAGGAGUGGUGUGGACACCUGCUGGGACAGCAGGCAGCCUGGCCGUUGAAUCCACUACAUGGUCUGGGCUUCCCUUCUAGAACCCCAUGCACCCCACUCCCCCCACAGGGCCUGAGGGCUUUGGAUUGGCCUGAUUCCACUGCCCAGCUCCCACAACCCUGUGCAACUGACCUCCUUGGCAGGCCACCUCUGGACUCCACAGUCAAGCUUGGAUCCAGUGAGGUAGUGCUGUCACUUCAGGCAGUGCUUUCACAAGAGGGGGACACUGGCGGGGCUGUAGAGAAUAUGCACUGAGAGGUGCACCAGAACUGCAACUGAGCCCCAGCUGAGCAUCACCAGCUGGGAGCUGUGGGCUGGGUCUCCGUACAGACCCCUGGACUCCUUGUCUGAGAGACCAGGUUAUGUAGAUGCCUGUGAGGCCGCUGCUGGGCCGUGUGCAGCUAGCUCUGUGCCCUGCAGUGCCUGAAGGGGGCACUGGUGGAGGAAUUAUGGCUAACUGCAUUAGUGAGGCAAGGGUAGACUGCACCCGUGCAGACCACUGUUCACAACAUCAGCUCCUUCCCAGAACUCAAGUGUAUGUUGACCAUAGUCUAGGACCACCUGGCAUAGGUAUAGGACACAGAGAGGUAGACACAUCAGUCCCUGGACAUGGUUGCCAUUAUACAGCAGGGUAGAGAUGGGGGUUGUGGAGACCCAGAGUAAGGAAGGCUGGCACAGCAGUGUAGGGCACAGAGGUGCCAGCCUCCCCUCUGAGGGCCUGCCUUCCAUGUGGUAAUGGCAUGGUACUGUUGGCAGCUUCCUGCAUGACGGGAUGAGCACAGGACAGCAGAUACCCUGCCAUCAGGGCUCCCAUGGCGUAGUGUGCCACUCAAGGACCUGUGGGAGCCUCUGUGGGUGGCACCAUGGCUUGGUGUGUCCAGUUGAGCCAACAGUGCUGGAGUUGACCCCCUGACCCUGCCAUAUAGGAGAUAGCCUCAGUGUCCCUGCACCAAUGCUUUCAUGCCUAAGGGCUGCCUCACUUGGCCAGGCACCUCAGCCACCAUCACCCCAAGGGCAUUCAGGCAGCUCUCCUGGCCCCUAGAUCCUGGAGGUCAGUGCUCCUUGAGACCACUGGGUCUUCAGGAGGACAUCUGGGGGCCCACCCAGAUGGUGCAGGUUGAGGCACAUAGGAGUGGGAGGGGUGGGGUGCUAUGAGGCCCUGAUUAGUGGCUAUAGUUGAGCGUGGGCCCCUUCUGGACCUCUGGAUCAGGUCAGCUUGGUCUUGGUGCUGACCCCCGCCCCCCAGGUCACUGUAGGAAAGAAAGGUGCAGAUGAGUGAGGGCAGAGAGACAAGACUCCCACAGAGGCUCCCACAGGUCCUGGGUGGCAGAAACCAGUUGACCCUCAAGAGUGAUCAGUGAGGUCCCUGCCAUCAGGCAGAGGCUGGGUCAGGCAGCAUAGCAGAGCCACCCUAAGAUGGACAGGCAGGGACAGCUCCUCACAUCUUUCAGGGUGCCCUCAGUGCAAGAGCAUCAUGGCUUCCCACUUGUUUGGUAUUAAAAUACCGUUUUGUGACAAAA